AAAGCACUUUUGCCCAGUUUUACCAGGUCAUCUUUUCAGUACGGCACAACUCUUUGCAUACUCACUCGAGAGAUAGAAAUAAACGUCUCGUUGGGUGUCCUGUUAAUAGCUGAACCCGUACCUGCUUUACACGCAUCUAUUCGAUCAUGGAAGAAGACGAGCAAAAACUCGCUGUAAUGCGUAAAGCUUUCCAAAUGUUCGACACGACGAAGAGUGGCUUCAUCGACACGCUCAAAAUUUCCAUUCUCCUCAACACGAUGGGUCAAUUGUUCGACGACGCCGAGCUUCACGCAGCUAUCGAGGAAAACGACCCCGACGGCUUGGGCAAAGUAAACUUUGAUGGCUUUUGCCGCAUAGCCGGUCGCUUCCUCGAGGAGGAGGACUCCGAGGCCAUGCAAGAGGAGCUCAAGGAAGCUUUCCGAUUGUACGAUCGCGAGGGCAACGGUUACAUAACAACAGCCACCCUCAAAGAGAUUCUUGCGGCCCUCGACGACAAGCUCACCAAUACUGAUCUCGACGGCAUCAUUGCGGAAAUCGAUACCGAUGGCUCUGGUACCGUCGAUUUCGAUGAAUUCAUGGAAAUGAUGACAGGAGAAUGAUUAUUUCUAUCUUACAUUAUGUGUUUGUCAUUCAUUACUCUGGCUUGAACCGAUUCGUGGUUAAAGGAUAUUUUAACUUCAUUACCAGACUUCAAAGUGUAAUAACUGUUCAAAUUGUGUGAUAUAACUCAAAUACAUUUAUUAAUAAAGAUACAUAUGGGUCAAAAUAA